AUGCCUUCGAGUCUGUCUCCUUUGGCGAAGGUGAUGAUGAUAUUACUGACGGUUUUCGGGAACAUACUUGUGGUGCUAUCCGUUGUCGUCUACAAGCGUAUGCGAACUUUUACUAAUAUUCUGUUAACCUCGCUAGCCACUGCAGGAAAAUUUUUGUGCGGUUUAUGGGCUACAUCCGAUGUUUUGCUCUGUACUGCUACAAUCCUCUAA